AUGGCUACCGCAACCACAACUGUUCUUGAGAAGCCUAACAUCGGCGUCUACACAAACCCCAAGCACGAUCUGUGGAUCGCAGAAUCAACACCCACGUUGGAAGAUGUCAAGAGCGGCAACGGACUGAAGCCUGGUGAGGUUACGAUUGAGGUUCGCAGCACAGGUAUCUGCGGAUCGGAUGUACACUUCUGGCAUGCGGGUUGCAUUGGCCCAAUGAUCGUCGAGGGCGAUCACAUCCUGGGUCACGAGUCGGCUGGUCAAGUGAUUGCGGUCGCUUCCGAUGUCACAUCCCUCAAACCCGGCGAUCGUGUCGCUAUCGAGCCCAAUAUUCCUUGCCACGCCUGCGAACCCUGUCUGACUGGACGUUAUAACGGCUGCUUGAAUGUUGCCUUCCUAUCCACACCCCCCGUUGACGGACUGCUGCGACGCUAUGUCAACCACCCCGCCGUCUGGUGCCACAAGAUCGGCGACAUGAGCUUCGAGGAUGGAGCUCUGCUGGAACCCCUCAGUGUAUCUCUUGCGGCAAUUGAGCGCAGCGGACUCCGUCUAGGCGAUCCCUGCUUGAUUACGGGUGCUGGUCCCAUUGGUCUGAUCACUCUGCUCAGCGCGAAAGCGGCCGGUGCCACCCCGCUCGUCAUUACGGAUAUUGACGAGGGACGUCUGGAGUUCGCCAAGUCCCUUGUCCCCGAGGUGCGCACCUACAAGGUCCAGUUUGGUCUCUCUGCCGAGGAGCAAGCGAAUGCCAUUGUCAAUGUGUUCAACGACGGCCAAGGGUCCGGUCCGGAUGCCUUGCGACCCCGCCUGGCGCUGGAAUGCACAGGUGUAGAGAGCAGUGUGGCUUCCGCCAUCUGGAGUGUCAAGUUCGGCGGCAAGGUCUUCGUCAUCGGCGUCGGCAAGAACGAGAUGACCAUCCCGUUUAUGCGUCUCAGCACACAAGAGAUCGAUCUGCAGUACCAGUACCGCUACUGCAACACCUGGCCUCGCGCCAUUCGUUUGGUCCAGAACGGAGUGAUCAACUUGAAGCGCCUGGUUACCCACCGGUUCGCGCUGGAGGAUGCCCUCAAGGCGUUCGAGACGGCCGCGGACCCCAAGACUGGAGCAAUCAAGGUCCAGAUCAUGAGCUCGGAGGAAGACGUCAAGGCUGCUUCGGGUUAG